UUAAUGGGCCUGGAAAGGAACAGAAAGUCUGUGCAGCCCAGCCCAUGACUAGCCCAUAUGAAAUGGGCACCGACCUUGAAUCCGUGAUGAGUAUCAAUCCAACCUCGAUAGUGGUCUCGAGGAUAACCCCUGCGCCGCGCCCCCUUCUCACCUCUCUUGUUCUCUCUCUCUCUCUCUCCACUUGCCUCCCGUGCCUCUCCCUCUCUCCUCUCUUCCGCCGCCUCGCCGUCUCUCUGGUUGUACCCUUCAUAUCUGGCCAUUGAGCCGUCUUCUUCAGGCAUAUGGGUGCAUUUUGGGGAGAUAGUCAAAUCACUCAAAUGGAACCAUCAAGCAAUGGCCAAGCAACGAUGUCUGUUAAUCUUGGAACCCAGCAACUUCCUCCUACCAGCAAACAGAUUGCACAGGUUGAUUUAUUGCCUAGGUUCCAUACAACAUCUGUUGACAAGGGGUCACAGCCGCUGUCAUUAGCAGAAAGGCAAUUUGCACAAUCUAAGGUUCAAACUUCCUUGUCUGCAAACUUUGGGUCGUAUCAAUUUUUGCCAACCAACAAUCAGCCUGUACAGAUGGAACCAUCGCCAAGAACCCCAAAUCCCAUGCCUGUUUAUUUUGGCUUGCAUUCACUGUCAUCGACAAAUAGAAGACCAUCAGACAUUUCUAGAUCUCUCAACAUUCAAACCUCAAUUCCCAAUAAUCCAGGGUUAUUACCUCCUCUGUAUGCCAACAAGAGGCAGGUCCAAAUGGUACCAUCACCCAAGCUUCAAGCUGUGACACCAGCUACUGUGGGGCUCCAACAACUUUCAUCAACUAAUAAGCGUCCAGCCCAGACAGAAUUACCAUCGAAGGCGCAAACUGAGAUUGAAUCUGUGAGGUUAAAACUCAGGGAGUCUUUGGGUGCUGCUUUGGCAAUGGUUUGUAACCAACAGAAUAAGCAACAAGCACCACAAAAGAGCAUGAAGGCUGAGGAAACAGAUGCAGGUACAUUAAAGCCAACAGAAAUAAAUUCUCAAUCAGACAGAUCAGGAACUGUACAAGAGAAUGCUUUGUCUGGUACUUCAGAAGCUUCAGCCUCCAAUGAGCAUACAGAAAAACAGGAAAGCCAAAUUCCAGCAGGUGGUAUUGCAGCUACUGAAAUGCAAGACUUGCAACCAAGCCAUGGGAUUUUAGAGGAUGAUUUGCUAUUAAACAAUAAUUCUGUUAUCAAAGAUGAACUUCUUCAGGGACAUGGUCUCUGUUGGGCUUCUGAUGCCACUAUUACCUCUGAAGGAAUAAGUAGCUUUACUUCUAAAAAACCAAAACUAGCACUUGAGGAAGCUAGAGGAGAUCCGGGUGGAGUAUCAGAUCAAACUUCUGUUACCCUUGCGAUCAAAAUCGAAGCUGAGCUUUUUAAAUUACAUGGAGGUGUCAAUAAAAAAUAUAAGGAAAAGGCCAGAUCUUUGUUGUUUAAUCUGAAAGAUCGCAAUAACCCAGAGCUAAGGGAGAGGGUAUUUUCUGGUGACAUUGCUCCAGAACGUCUUUGUUCCAUGACUGCAGAGGAACUUGCUUCCAAGGAACUCUCUCAAUGGAGGUUAGCCAAGGCAGAAGAGCUUGCACAGAUGGUGGUAUUACCUGAUUCUGAUGUCGAUAUCAGGCGAUUGGUGAAAAAAACUCAUAAAGGAGAGGUUCAGGUGGAAGUUGAACGGGAUGAUAAUGUUUCUGUGGAGGUGGCACUUGGAGCAAGUGUGCUCACGCAGAUUCCGGCAAAAGUAAAUGAAGGGGAAACUCAAGCUCAAGGGAAGACAAAUGACAAAAGUGGUGUAGCUGCAUCCAGACUUCAAGAAAAGGCAUCUGAAGUCUCAUUGACAGGGAAGAAGGCUGAUUUAGGUGACCAGAACCUUGGCGGCAAUUUAGAUAUUCUGAAUGAGAAGCCUGAUUUAAUGCAAGAGCUCAUGGUGGAUGAACUGAAAGGUGCAGAAUUACUUCCCCCAAUAGUAUCUCUUGAUGAGUUUAUGGAGGCCCUUGAUUCUGAGCCACCAUUUGAAAAUAUGUCAAUGGGAAGAGGGGAAGAUAUGCCUAGUUUUGAUGGGAAAACCUCAGAUUCUGUUGAGCCUCAGAAAAGUACGGCCUUGGAUGAGUUGAGCCCUAAAGUGGACUCUGCUUCAGGUAGCUUAGAUUCCAAGUUGAAUUCUGCACAAGCUGGAUCAGUAUCAAAGAUGGAUACCGUGGGUACUUGUUUGGUUGCUGAUAACCCUGAGAAGGUAGAUUCCAAGGAUCCGGAUAUUGAUGGUGAGACGAAAUCCAAUUCUAUUCAAGCUGGAUCAGAAGCUAUCCCUUCUGGUAGUGCAUCCAAGGGAGGCAAUAUCUGGGAAGGGUUAAUUCAAUUAGCUGCUUCUUCACUGGUGACUGUUAUUGGCUUCUUCACAAGUGGGGAGAGAACAUCUACUAGAGAAUGGCCUAACAUACUUGAGAUCAAAGGAAGAGUCAGAUUAGAUGCUUUUGAAAAGUUCCUCCAAGAUCUUCCACUCUCUCGGAGCCGUGCUGUUAUGAUUGUACAAUUCUGCUGGAAGGAAGGUUCUCCCGAGAAUGGUCGGGUCAACCUCUGUGAGACAGUGGACUCAUACAUUGCUGAUGGAAGGCUUGGUUUCGCUGAGCCUGCUUCAGGAGUGGAACUCUACUUCUGCCCGCCGCACAAGAGGACUACUGAAAUGCUUGCAAAACACCUAUCAAAGGAGCAGAUAGAGACGUUAAACUCAGCUGAAAAUGCCCUCAUUGGUGUGGUUGUAUGGAGAAAGGCUCAUGUAACCGUAUCACCCAGGAUGUCAUCGCACAGCAAGAACAGUAGCACCAAGAGACAGCUUUCUUCCAGAAGACAUCAAAAUGUUAAUCCCACCAUUAAUUCUAAGAACUUGCAGGCCCCUCCACCCAUUGCCCACCCUUCCCUUCCAUCCCUCCCAUCUGAUGAUGAAACUAUGGAUGAUGUACCCCCCGGAUUUGGUCCGGACGCUAGGGAUGAAGAUGAUCUUCCUGAAUUUGAUUUUUCUCAUGGAAAUUCUCAAGCUUCAGUUCGUAAUGCCUCCCACUCUUCUGGCCUUGGUAUAGCUGGUAAACUUCCGGCUGAUCAAAUGAGAGAGCUAGUGCACAAGUAUGGUCAGAGUGAAACUACAAAGAAACCAGCUCUGGAAAUCCAACCAUGGAAUGAGGAUGAUGACGAUGAUGAUAUUCCAGAAUGGCAACCUCCCCAGGAUAGCCAGCCACACCCUCAACCCCAUUCACUCACACCACCACCAACGGCACCACCUACAGCACAAGUGCAAGCCUAUCAGACAUUAAAUGGUCAAACUGCGCUAUUUAACCAACAAAUGAUGCAAGUAACAACACCUCAGCAGCAGUUAGCACAACCUCAACAACUUGUUCAGUUUGCAACAGCACUGCCCAUGCAACUACAGCCACCUUUGCAAUCUCAGAUAGGGAUGGGGUACGUGCAGCAGGUCCAGCAGAAUGUGCAACCUGGUUGGCAGCCUGCACAAUGGUGGCCCCCUGCUCCUGGGCCAGCAGAUGCAGGUCCAGGUAUGAAUGCCCAGGUGCAGCCUUCACAGUAUGGUUCCCAACUGGGGGAUGGACAAUUCUAUGGGAUGCAAGGCCAUGGAGCCUCCCAUAAUGGGACCGGGUGGAGGCAUCGAUAAGUUCAACAAUUUGGGGUGGGGGUGCGCUGACUGUUUGUUAACCAUUCCCUGAGGCAAUCAACUUUUUGUAGCAAGCUGGCAUUCCAUCUGUUCAAAUAUUUUGCAUUUCCUUUUUUUUUUUCUUCCCUUUAUCUGCAGGUCUGUAUCAGGGAUCCUUGUAUA